AUGGUGGAAUUUCCUUCAUUUUUAAGAGAUACUUUCGGAGAUUUUGAAACCCUAAAUUUUCAAUCUUCGGCAGACAAACCCGCCUCACCAUAUUCUAAAUCCCCAUGGUCAGCCCAUAUGGCAUUGCCAACCUCCAUGCUCGAAGGUAGUUUAUCAAAUAAUGGAGGUUAUUAUAAUUGUCUAAUGGGCUCAUUGAUACGAGAAGAAGGACACAUUUAUUCUCUAGCAACAUCGGGGGACUUAUUAUAUACCGGGACCGACAGUAAGAAUAUACGUGUUUGGAGAAAUCAAAGAGAAUACUCUGGGUUUAAAUCAAACAGCGGUCUUGUCAAGUCGAUUGUAAUAUCAGAAGAUAAAAUUUUUACCGGGCACCAAGAUGGAAAAAUUCGGGUUUGGAAAAUGUGUGCUAAAAAUCCAAGUGUCCACAAGAGGGUCGGAACUUUACCUACAUUUAAGUCAUUCAUGAAGAAGUCUAUUAGACCAAAGAAUUAUAUAGAGAUAGGGAGACAUCGCAAUGCAUUGUGGAUACGACAUUAUGAUGCUAUCUCAUCGCUUAGCUUGAGUGAAGAUCGUAACUACUUAUACUCGGCUUCAUGGGAUAAGACUGUAAAAGUAUGGCGUACAUCAAACUUUAAGUGUUUAGAAUCAAUACCUGCCCAUGAUGAUGCUGUUAAUGCUGUUGUUGCUGGGUUUGAUGGCCUCGUCUUUACGGGGUCUGCUGAUGGCACAAUUAAAGUAUGGCGUCGUGAGGUCCAAGGAAAAGGAACUAAACAUUUCUUUUCACAAUCUCUAUUAAAGCAAGAAUGUGCCGUGACAGCAUUAGCAAUUGACCCAACGACCACAAUCUUAUAUUGCGGUUCAUCAAAUGGACAAGUUAACUUUUGGGAAAAACAAAACUUUGCUUAUCCAUGUGGUACCCUAAAUGGGCAUAAGCUUGCGGUGUUGUGCUUAGCUACUGCAGGAUGCCUGGUAUUUAGUGGGUCUGCAGAUAUGAAUAUUUGUGUAUGGAAAAGAGUUACUAAUGAGGAUACAAAUAUUGAUGAUCAUAUUUGCUUAUCGAUAUUGACGGGGCAUAAUGGUCCUGUCAAGUGCUUAGCAGUCGUGCCAAGUGGGGAAACGUCUUCAUUUGAUUCAAGGUGGGUUUUGUAUAGCGGAAGUUUGGAUAAGUCGAUUAAGAUUUGGAGAAUAUUAGAAGAGAAUCUUUUAAUGGAUCCAAACGACCCAAAUUUCCGACAACAAUUUUCGGGUUUUAGUGAUGAUUUCCUAACUAAUCCCGAGUUUCAAUUGUUCUUGCAAAGAAUGAGCAAUACGUCUUUGCAACCACCUCCACAGUAUCAGACACCCACUCAGUUUCCCCUACAAAACCAUGCUAAUGAAGAUCGUACACCUGAAACUGAACAUGAUAGCAACACACAAUUCGAUGAGAGCGAAGAGGAAAGCGUACCAGAGACGCCGCAGUAUCCUCCACCAGUUCCCAGACUGAAAUCCAACGAGGUUGCUGCACGAGCGACUCGAAUUUGGUCUAUUGCGGAAGAUGAAACUCUGAUUGGGUUGUACUUGGAGAUCAGCGAGAAUGCUAUUAAAGCGGGUAGACUUCCGGAGGGAGGGAGUGGUUACAACGAAGUUGACCGUAUAAAAAGUGCGUCGAAGCUUUUUCAUCUCGCCCAAGGUCGCAACUUCGUUUUUCCUCACGCGGUUGAAAUGCUUAAUAAAGAUCCAAAGUGGAGGCCAAAGCUGAGAUGGUCCUUGUCAAAGAAGGAAAGAAAAGCUGCUUGUGAUGUUGAGGAGCAAGGUAGUGCUGGAAGUGGGAAGAGGUCCAGAGAUGAUGGAGGGGAUGAAACCCCUACGGAUGGUUUUUCAUCUGGAGGAAUACAACGACCCGAAGGUGUGAAGAAAGCAAAGGCCAACCGUAAGGGAAAGAAGUAG